AUGGGAAUAACAACCACACAAGCUCCUGAAACCACAGAAGCUUCCGAAUUCAUUUCCACCGUGGAACAGCUUUACCCCACGCCAGCUUGGGCUCAAAAUGUGUUGAUAACCGUGUGGUCUCUCACGGGUAUCGUGCUCGCCGCGUACGGUGCAAUCGCUGUAGUGUUCUGGUACCGUAAGGUGAGUGUAGAGGUGGCAAUCGGGCCGGGCCGGGCCGAUUUUUGCGGCCCGGCCCGCGGGCCGCAGUGACCAGGCCGGCCCAGGGCUUUUUCGAAUUUGCUCAGGCCCGGCCCGGCCCGGCCCGAUGAAAGCCCAGGCCGGCCCGGCCCGGCCCGGUUUGGCCCGCUAUACAUAAAAGUUGGAUAAAAGUCUUUGGACUUUCUACUGGAAGUUCUUAUGCUUUCCAGAAGGUUUUUACGUGUGUCUGCGCGAAAUUAAAAAGUCUAGUCGGAUGACUGGAACAUCCGUACAGGUAGCUAAACCUUACAAUUAGCCAAAAAGUUGGAUUGUAUUAAAUUUUUUAAUCCUAUAGGAAGUUAGCUAUAUAAAAGUAUGGACGUUAUAAGGUACAUGGUUAACCAAAAACUGUUUAAACACUUUCAUUUACAUCAAGGAAUCAAAACAGUGAAAUUUUUAAAUCUAUCAUAAAAAAAUUCGAAGAUUUUUGCCCGACCCUUGCAUAUUUGGGUGGGAUUUUACAUAUACAUAAUAAGUUAUAUAUACAUAUAAAUACAUAAUUUUAAAAGGUAGUAAAACAGCGUAUAAGUCAAAAAAGGUUUAAUCUAAUUUCCAUCAUUUUUUUUUACUUAUCUAGCUUCCGGGCCGGGCCGGGCCGAAAGUGUCGGCCCGGCCGACGGGCCGAAGCGGUCAGGCCGGCCCGGGGCUUUUUCAAAUCUGCUCAGGCCCGGCCCGGCCCUGCCCAAUCACCGGGCCCGGCCGGGCCGGGCCGGGCCGGCCCAGCCCGAUUGCCACCUCUAGGUGAGUGGGUGAAGGAUGGUCGGCGGAGACUUGGCGCAGGCUUGCAAAGCGUUCACUUUUUUUUAUUUUUAUUAUAGCUGUUACUAUUAUAAUGUUAGUUUUCUUUGCCCUGAGUCAUUGUAACAUUCAAAAAACAAAAAUUGGUGGCAAAAAGCGAGCAUCUGCAACUUUUGUCUGAAUAAAUAGUACUAAAGUCUGUCGCUGACUGUAAAAAUAGUAGCGCCGUAUUUUUUUACUCUUGCGAUUCUUAGCGUCUCUGUUUCCAGCGAAAAAAUCCCAAGAAAGAUGAGAAGAACCAGGCACUACAAAAAGAUCCACCAGCCAAGGCUCCACUUUCAACUCCGACGAAGCCAACUCCGAAGUCAGGUACGAAGCCAACUCCGAAGCCAGAUCCGAAGUCAACUCCAAAGCCUGACCCGAAGAAGAAAGAGAAAGCUGAGGACAAAAGCAAAGCCGACGUUUCAAAUGUUAAACCCGAACGCAAACCCGACGAUAAAGACCUCGCAACCCAUCUUGAGGAGCCCAAACCCAUUUCGAUUUCACCUUCAGCUUUUGGCAGCAUCGACGCCGCUGAGGCUCUAAAAGAAACGCAGCAGCACCUUACUUCAGAACAAGAGCAGGAGGUUAUGAAGAAAGAAAAACCACCGGCCAAUCACGCUGAAUUUCUCAAAAGGGCCGAAGAACAAUACGGUAGGUGAACUUGAAUGUUAUUAGUUUCGAGUUGGAUGCAGAUUUGACCAGUCUAUUUGAAAAUAUCUUACAAACUUGAUCGGUGUAGCCCAAACGUUAAUGUUCGAAAUAUGUACAAGCGUCGGUUUACCGGUUAAAUUUUGAAAUUGGCCGGUCAAAUUGGCUGCUUGGCCAAUCACAAUGAUAAAGCAGUUAGCCAAGUCCCCAGUAGCUAUAUUAUAAAUAUAUUUGAUCUCUCGCCACAAUAUUCCUUUUUCAGCAAACCUCCCUCCCGAUGCGCGCCAAGGCAUGCGUCCAGCGGUGUUGCUUUUGAGCUACAUUAAAAGAAAAGAGGCAGAACGUCUGGCAGCCGAGAAGGCAGCAACUGAAGCCGGGAAAAAGGCCAAAACUCCAGCCGAUAAGAAUGCCGCAACUUCGAAGCCGACGCAGGCCGAAAGCUCCGCAAAGUCAAGCAGCAAGAAGCCCAAGUCAGAGGACGAUCUACCCGAAGAACAAUAA